UAUUUAUUAAGAUAUGUAAUUAAAAUAGAAAUAUUUAAGGUUCACACAAUCUGGUAAUUUUCUAAGACAAAGAAUUAACAGUUGUAUUCCAGAAAAGAUACAUUACAAAAUGGCAAUCUUAAAAAAAAUUCCAUUCUUCAUGUUGGUACAAAAUAAUCCCAUCAUAAAAUUGCCUCUUAGAAGGGCCAAUCUCAAUUGCUCUUCUGUUGCAAUUGCCUGUUAAACUGCAUAGUCCAGAUUCACAACGAUACCAAUUGUUAUAUGCAUGCCAAUUUGCCUUUUUCUAUAACCUUGUUAUUAUCCAUUUUCACAUCUUUCUCUAGCAGGAAAACAUUCCCCGACCGGAAAUAAUUUCACAAUUUAGGAGGACAACUCCUUACAUUGGUUUAUCUUCCACAUCCAUCUUGGGCAAAUUCCAAGAAGGCUCCCAAUUGUCUCCAAAAAUGUUUGAAUUAAUUGAGCAGUUCCCGCAUAUUUUAAUUGAGAUAAAAGUAAACACUUUUAGGGAGACAUCAGACUGAAAAUCAUUGCAAAUAGAGAGAGAGAGAGAUGUAAUUACAUGGUUAACCAAAACUACAGAAUUGUAUAACUGUAUCCUGGGUACACAAUUAUUUCCAGGAAAGUAAGAAAUUAACAGAGAAACUGGCAAAUAAUAAAUGCCCAGUUUAACAACCCUCAUGAUUUUACAAAUGCUGCAUUGAGGAAAAACGUGAAACUGAUGUUUCGUAAAAAUAUUUUGGAAUUAUGCAAAUGUAGAAUUGCAUAAACAUGGCACACUUCUCUCAAUAAAAUAAUGAACCUACAGCAUCUCUUCUUUUGCGUUUCUGGUUAGAAUACUGAAGAAAUAUUAAUUCCAAAAUAGGGUGGGGGAAUAUUACAGGGAUAAAAGGAACACAGGAAUAUAUUUAGUGGUAAGGUAACUGCUGGGAGCAAUAGCUGCAAUGAAGACUAAUGACCACAAGGGAGGAGUGUCUAUACCUCCAAGCACAUACUCCAAAACAUACUUUGAGUAACAGGUCAUCAGAUCUUUCCUAGGCUGGAUGGCAAAGCCACACCCAAAGCACAUGGUCAUUUGCAUACAACAGGUAAUAUGAAUUUAGCUCCAACCUAAUGGAUGGCACAGUGUUAAUUUUAUAGAAUAUGACAUUUUUAUGGGAUAUGAUGAGAUUGAGAGAGAGAGAAAUUAUUCCAGGACAGGAAAUGAUGACACAAGAAUAUUUAAAUAAAGGGCUGGGGAUAAGAUAAGACCAGCAUUGGAUACAAAGGGAGAAGACAAGUUAUUCAGGAUGUUGUGAUGCUCCCAAACUGCAUGUGGGAACAGGUGAGGGGCCGAAAGCUGAAAGACUUGAUCUAUUUUAAUUGAUACUACCAAGUCUAAGACAGGUUGGGGUCACAGUUCAUCAAACGUUUGCCUGAUCUGUUAUUGAUAUUUCAUCUUAUCUGCAUUUGACACUCUCCGUACAAGCAACUCCAAAUUGUCUACCAAAUGGUUCACUCCAAACCUACACGUCACUUACAAUUUACCUAAGCCAAAAAUGGUUUGUUCCAAUCAGCUGUUGCACCCUAUGUAGUUUAUUCCAGGCACACCCUUCCCAAUAAAAAUGGUUUGCUCCAUCAUGAAACUUUAGCAAUUAGGUACGCGUAGGACGGCAGCAUAAGACAAGAAGGAAGCUAAUUAUUAAUUAUUCUAUUUUCUCAGAUUGAAGAAAACCGGCGUCUCUUUCCACGGGUCUCAGAGCGUGUCAGGCAGGCCGGGCUAAUGGAGCGGUGCGCCUGCGUAGAGAGGGAGGUGGACAAAGUGCUGCAGAAGUUCCUGUGCUACGGCCAGCAUUGUGAGCGAGGCCUGGAAGAGCUACUGCGCUACGUCAGCCAGCUAAGGGAGGAGCUGGGCGCUGCAGCCUUGCAGCGAGGACCUCUUUCUGCUACACUCUCCCUUGUUAUGUCCCAAUGCUGUAAGAAAAUUAAGGAUACUGUUCAAAACUUAGCUUCAGAUCACAAAGAUAUUCACAGCAGUAUCUCCCGCGUGGGCAAAGCAAUAGAUAGAAAUUUUGAUGCUGACUUGUGUGGCAUUGUUCCGGCUCUGGUCUGGGAAACCCAAGAGAAACAGAUCCUGGUACUGGCAAUUAUAGAACAUCUCUAUCAACAAGGAAUGUUGGGAGUGGCUGAAGAAUUGUGUCAGGAAUCAACUGUGAAAGUGGAUGUAGAUUUCAAAAAACCAUUCCUGGAACUGAACAGCAUUCUGGAAGCUCUGCACAAACAAGACCUGGGACCUGCUCUGAGCUGGGCAGUCUUCCACAGGCAGCAGCUGGCCGAUCUGAACAGUACUCUGGAAUUUCAGUUGCAUCGGCUCCAUUUCAUCAGACUUCUUUCUGGCGGCCCCGGCAAGGAGUUGGAGGCCUUGAGCUAUGCACGUCACUUUCAACCCUUCGCCCACCUACACAAGCAAGAGAUCCAAGUGAUGAUGGGAAGUCUGGUAUACCUACGCUUAGGCCUUCAGAAUUCUCCAUAUAGGCAUCUACUGGAUGAAAGUCAUUGGACAGAGAUUUGUGAGACUUUCACUCGUGAUGCAUGUUCCUUGCUGGGUCUCUCAGUGGAGUCACCUCUUAGUGUCAGUUUUGCUGCAGGAUGUGUAGCAUUGCCAGUUCUGAUGAACAUCAAGGCUGUGAUUGAGCAGAGACAAUGCACAGGUGUCUGGAGCCACAAGGAUGAGCUGCCGAUUGAAGUUGAACUGGGAAUGAAAUGCUGGUAUCAUUCAGUCUUUGCAUGUCCCAUCCUGCGCCAACAGACCACAGAUUCCAAUCCACCUAUCAAGUUGAUUUGUGGACAUGUUAUUUCUAGAGAUGCUCUCAACAAGCUUAUCAAUGGAGGGAAACUGAAGUGUCCAUAUUGCCCUAUGGAACAAAACCCAGCCGAUGGAAAACGCCUCAUCUUUUGAUAAUGGCAAGACUUGUUAUGAAAUAGGCUCUUCAAAUACAGCAGUUGUGUGCAAGCAGAACUCUACAAUGUCCUGCUUAAUAUAAUAGCUGCUAUACAAUGGAAGCUGACUAGUUUAGUGGACCAGAUAAAAACUUCCCAGGUUGAGGCAAUGCAAUAUCCUGUAUGUAUACUCCAUGUCUAAGCGUUUUAGGCUUCAUCCUGGUAGCUUCAACAGGCACUGCUCCUGUUGUAGAGUUUAUCCUAUCCCUGGUCACAAUUCUGUUCCUUGUUGGAUACCACAAGCACUGUAUGUGGAGCUGCUACCCCCUACUCUCCACUUUUAAUGCUUACAGAUUACCAAAUUCUUGAAAACAGAAAUGUGUUUCUGAGGUAAGAAAAGCAUGUGGAGAAUCCAACUUUCUCCUGUUUCAAAGAAAAAAAUUCAAGUAAAUUAGAAUGCAAAUGAGGACAAUUGUAGGAAACUGGUGUUUCCUAACAUUUUAAGUCAGCCUCUGUAUACAAUAUUGUUCUUCAGAGACUAAGAUAUGAGUAUACAGUGGAAUAUUUUAGAAUAUGAAUACAAAUACACAACUUACUUAAGUAGAGAAAUAAGAGCUCAAAAGUCAGGAUCAGUUUUCUUCCUUAUAUAAACAAUUUAUAGCAUCAGAGCAUGUACUAUUUAAAUAUGGUAAAUCUAAAACCUGUAUAGGUAAUGAACGAGAGUUUGGUGUUAACAGCUUGUAAUAAAAUGUUGCAUUUUGUGUAUGUAAAAGGGUUUUCAAAUCUGCCUUAGAGAUUUUAAUUUAGAGACAUCCUUAGGCAUAGAUUAUUCCUACUAUCCAGGAUUGGUGAUUUUAUGGAGUAAUCUUAAAGAUUUCCUCAAAGGUACAGCUCUUUAGAAAUAAUUUUCUAAAGUGUUACAUUGUUAUUUUAACUUGGAGGCUUCAAGUAAGAACUAUGCUUACAACUUACACUUUACAAAAUGACAUUGCCUUUUU